GUAGGUGUUCAGUUCUGACGCUCAGGACAGGGCACAUUAUUUUCUUUAGUGCUGCGUAAAUAUUUCUGCUUUGAAAUUUGCAACGUGCGGCGAAUCUAUCAGUAGCCCCUGCGCUUUUGCUCUGUCGCAUACACGCAUAGCGCUUUGAGGUUCCAUGUUUUUCGAGCGUUUUUUUUGUUGUUGUUUUCUCUUCUUUCUUUAUGCGUCUGUGAGCGUAAAAACGAGACUUCUGCACGCACGCUUUUUGAACGUCUCCCGCAGCUGCUUCGUUUUCUCGCUCAGUUUUUUUUUUCUUUCCUCUCUGUACAUAGAGCCCUUCCGCCCAUUUGUGUGUGUUGCUUCGUGAAUUGACAACAGAGAAGCACGCAACUGUGCGUUAGGUCGCUUUUUCUUUUCUUUUUUCAGUGCUUUGUUUUCGUCGGCAAGUUAACAUUCUCUUUACUGGGAGUAGAUUGGCAGGAUCGUUGCGGCAGCAAGUCCCUUUCCUCUUUUUUUUUUCCCUGUAAACUCUGCAAGUCUCUUUCGAUGAGUUCUUCUCCUAACUCCAACUGCCGUGGAGAGGGCUGCGAUGACGAUAAGCCGGACGCCCUGCGCGGGGUUGCGUCGAGUCAGCGCAUGCGCGAGAUGGAGGCGUUGUCGAUGGAAACCCUGGCCAUGCAGCGGUACGCCUACAACACACCGUCUAAGCUGCCACGUGGAGUCCGGCAGGCGGCACCCCCCACGCAGCACGGGUCGACCACAACGACGGGGCGUCGUCGACGCAGCGCAGAUCCAUGUUCUCCAGUCCACCCCGUGCGUGUGCCACGGACUAUUACGCAGAUGCUCGCACGCUCAGCGCGAGCGGCGGCGAAGGGGAAGGACGCUGUCAGCGGCGAGACCAAAUCGACCACCACCGUCGCCAAUGCCGCCGACUGCGCCGUGCACGAGCGUAUCGGGCUUCUGUACCAUCCGCUGGCCGCCAUGCGCACCACGUUUGGCGAGUCAGAGAUGGAGGCGCGUGGACGUCUUGCUGCCGGAAGCAACAGAGGAGGCGCUGCCGUCGUCCCCUCUGCGGAGCCGUCAAUCACCUCUGCAAACUCUGCAGCGGACAAGGCGUACUUCGACCUCGCCGACUUCGAUGCCGCCGAGGACGAUCUCCACACCCCGGAGGAAUGGGUCGCACUGGGGGGUGCAGAGGGCACUGCUGCCACGUCGCGCUUCUUCGAUGCGGCGCACGGUGGCGGCGUGGUGUGGCGGGCCUGCCGGGUGACGGACUACGACGCGGCGCAGCGCCUCUUCUACGUGCGGUGGGCCGACGGUACCGGGCGGUGGACGCGCCGUCUCAAUCUGCGCUUUGACGCCGAGGACGUGGCUCAGUGGGAGGACCGCGUGCGGCGCGCCGAUGCCUACCGCACUGCCACGGAGGCGGCCAUGCGGCAGGAGCUGUACCUGCAGUCCAUUCCGGAUGACUGCGUCACCCCGAUCGACGACACGCAGGUGGAGCGGGUGCUGCGCUCCGUGGCCACGCGCUUCCCGGUGGCGCAGUUGCACGUCAUUCAGCAAAUGACGGAAGAGGCGGAGGCGUCGUACUACCGUGCUAUGAAGAUGGCCGUGCACACCUACAACAUGCGAAGCGCCGCUGAGCAGCAGCGGCUGCAAGGAGCUGAUCUCCCUCUCCCACCCAUCCCGUCUCAGCCCUCUCUGCGAGGGCUGCGUGGGACCAUUGACACGCCGGCGCCCAACUUCCAAGCCGCGCGCGCGUAUCUCGCCGAGAACUGUUUCCAGGUGCACGCCCUCAUUCAAGAUACGCUGCACAGCGUCCAUAACUUGUGGAGCAACUACAGCGGUUACCUUCUGUGCGCCAUGAACUACGCCCCCUCCGCGCUGCCGCUGCAGCUGACCGUCUUCGUUGCCGGGCAGGAAGAGCACGCCACAACAGUGGGUGAUCGUCUGCGGGGCGAGUGGUCGUCCACGGUGCAGUCGACGGUGCAAAACAACCUCGACGCCUACUUCAACUUUUACGAGGACAAGAUGGAACGCUACAUUGCCAGCCGCAUGUUUCGCUUUGUGCAACUCGUCAACGUCAUGAUGAACACGCAACUGCGCGCGCUUGUCGUGCAGUCGUUGCAGUCGUACGCGGUUUACUUGGAGAGCUUCCGCGCGAAGGCCGACGUUGCGGAGGAGGAGACGGAAAUUGCAGAGCUUCCUGAAGACGUGGCGGAGCAGGCCUACUGGGCAGAGCGUGUCGCUACACUGGAGGCGCAUCAGUCAGCAGAGGUCGGCUCUCCGGCAGCGACAGCGGCGAGAGCGGUAGCAACGGGCAAAUCAAAAGGUGCCACAGCGUCGUCGAAGAAGGCAGCGGACGAGGAGGCUCCCGCGGUGGAGCACCUUCUCUGGAGCGUCGGCACCUACCAGCCUGAGGUGCCCUACACACGGCGUGUGGUGAACCUCAUCCAAAACGUAAACGGUCUGCGCCCUCUCUUUUUCACGAAGCUAACGGUGUCGACGAGGGUGGGAAUUGUCUUCACGCCGGCUAUCUCCGACAUCGAGGACAGCGUGUUGGAUGUGCUGGACCGCUGCCUCACGCACAGCGGCAAGGUGGCCGCCAUGGGCGACCAGCUCUUCCCGCUCCUGGAGCUGGCGCCGCAGUACGUGCACAUCGUCGCACCCGAUGAGGCCGAGGUGGUCGAAGUGCGCGAGCGUGUUUUGGCGGUGCUGCAGAGCAACUGCGCCGCCCCGCAGCAGCUGUUGCAGAUGUAUAAAGAAUUUGAGUACGCCGCUACCGUUGAUGUGCAGGCGAUGGUGGAGCACACACUCCGCUACGUGGACCAGCUGGAGGAGGUGGAGCUCCUGUUUGGGCGGCUCUUGCGCGACCGCCGUCGACUGACGGAGCGGACGCCGGACACGGUGAAGUUUGAGCUCUACAACGUGGACUGCCGCGGACUGAAGGAGGCGCUGAGCGCCAAGAUGGCGCAGCUGCAGCUGGCCCUCUUAGAGGCAGUGGCGGCCAAACUGGCGGAGGAGUGUGCAGAUGUGGUGGCGGCCUACAACGCGAUUUACGAGCCGCUGGCGGUGGACCCCACCACGCCCGAGGAGCUGCAGACGAUGCGCAGCACCCUCGACGGCGUCGCCGCGCGCGAGGCGGAGAUUCAGCAAGUCUUUCAGCACGUCACGGCGGGCAACGAGCUGCUGCUGCGCUUCAGCUACUUGGUGCCACAGGAAGACUUUGUGCAGUAUUGGGAGGCCUACGAAUGGCCCAAGAAGUUGGCGCAGUUCGUUGAGGACCGCAACUUUCGUGCGAAGGAGUACCGGGCGGUGUUUAUUCAGCAACUGCGCGAGAACUCCGAGCAGCUGUCGUACUCCAUCAUGCAGCUGGCCGCCAACGUGGAGGACUUCUCUCACCUCGGCGACGACGCGCGUGCCGAUGAGUACUACGAGCGUGCUCGUGGCAUCGACGCGGCCAUUCAAGCCAGCAAAGCUUCCAUCAGCCUCUACUCGAGUCACGAGGAGCUGUUCGGCAUGACCGCCACGCAGUACCCCCAACUCAAGGAGAUCCAGCAGCAUUUUGAGCCGUACUUUGCGCUGUGGGAAAUUGUGUGCCACUUUAACGCCGAGACGGAGCGCUGGAUGAGCUCGAAGAUCGUCUCCCUCACGCCGUCCGACGUUGAUCAGAAGAUGACGGACUGGAUGAAGCGGGUGGCGGUGCUGUCCAAGAAGAUUAAGGAGCCAGAGCCGAGCGAAGUCACGCGCCAGCUGCGGGCCAACAUGGAACAGUUCAAGCCGCUCGUGCCGCUCCUUUACGCAUUGCGCAGCCACUUGCAGGCAACUCACUGGCGCGCCAUCUACCAGCAAUGCGGCGUCCCGCGGGAGCAGCAGGGCUUCGGCCCAGGCGGCAUCGACAACAACGAUCAACGCGCCCUCUCCGAGUUUGUGCAGCUGGGCAUGAUGGAGCACCUGCCGCAGGUGGAGGCCAUCGCCUCAGCCGCGCAGAAGUCGUACGAGCUAGAGACGGAGCUGAUGAACAUGGAGACGGAGUGGAAGCGGCUUGUGUUUGACAUGGAGCCAUACCAAGACACCUUCAAGCUGAAGGCCAACGACGCCAUGCAACUCACCUUGGACGAGCACAUCCUCAAGACGCAGUCUAUGCUAGGCAAGCCGACGGUGCGGCAGACGCCAGCCCUGCAAGCCCGCGUGUCACAGUGGGAAAAGCAGCUGGACAACAUUCAAUGCACGAUGGACGAGUGGUUCCGCUGCCAAGGUACGUGGGCCUACCUCGAGCCCAUUUUCGUCUCUGCCGAUAUCUCGCGCAGUCUGCCAGCGGAGAAGAAGAUGUUUGUUGACAUCGACACAACGUGGCACGCCGUGAUGGAGCGGACCCGAUCGACGCCGCAGAUUCUGACGCGCUGCCAAGACGAGACACUCUUCAAGGCGCUGACCAGCGCCAACGCAACCUUGGAAAUCAUUCUGCGGAAGCUUCAGCAGUUCCUCGAGACGAAGCGCAUGGCCUUCCCGCGCUUCUACUUUAUUUCCAAUGAGGAGCUGUUACAGAUCCUGUCCGAUAGCCGCGACCCGUACCUCGUGCAGCCCUACCUGUGCAAGUGCUUCGAGGGCGUCAAGUCACUGACCUUUGCGGACCACCACGACAUGGUGGGCAUGGAGUCCGCUGAGGGAGAGCGGGUGCCGUUCACGCGCAAAGUCAACCCGAGCGACCACCACAACCAAGUGGAGUUGUGGCUGCAGGCGGUCGAGACGGUGAUGAAGGAUUCGGUUCGAGAACAAUUGCGGCAGGCGAUCCAAGAGUACUCCGAGCAGAAGCGCACCGACUUUAUUCGUGCCUGGCCGGGUCAGGUGGUGCUUGCGGUGUGCUCGCUCUUCUGGACGAUGGAGGCGACGCAGGCCAUGGCGGAGAACGGCACGGGGGGACUCAUCACCUACCAUGAGAAGUGCGCUGCUCAGAUGGACGACCUCAUCGUGCUCGUGCGGGAUAGCGGACUGGGUGUGGUGCAGCGCUUCACCCUGGAGGCGUUGGUGGUGAUCGAGGUGCACUCGAAAGACAUCAUUCGUAUGCUGGGCGAAAAAGGCGUCGACUCACCGACGAGCUUCGAUUGGCUUUCGCAGCUGCGGUAUUACUGGGACGAGGAUCACCUCAUAGUGCAACAGAUCAACGCUUCGCUGCGCUACGGCUACGAGUACCUCGGCAACACUGGCCGUCUCGUCAUCACGCCUCUGACAGAUCGCUGCUACCGCACCCUGCUGGGGGCGUUGCACUUGAACUACGGUGGGGCACCCGAGGGCCCUGCCGGCACGGGUAAGACGGAAACCACGAAGGACCUUGCAAAGGCGCUGGGGAAGUACUGCGUCGUGUACAACUGCUCCGACCAGAUCUCUGCAAAGGACAUGGCGAAGCUGUUCAAAGGCCUCACCCAGGCCGGCGCCUGGGGCUGCUUCGAUGAGUUCAACCGCAUUGAGAUUCAGGUGCUGUCUGUCAUCGCGCAGCAGAUCGCGACGAUCCAGGAAGCCGUGAUUCAGAAGCGGCCGGAGUUUGUCUUCGAGGGAGCUCAGAUUCGCUUGGAUCCCGGGUGCGCCAUCUUCAUCACCAUGAACCCUGGCUACGCAGGACGCGCAGAGCUGCCGGACAACCUGAAGGCACUGUUCCGUCCUGUUGCUAUGAUGGUGCCAAACUACGCGAUGAUCGGCGAGAUCCAGCUUUACUCGUACGGCUUCCUGCACGGCAAGGUGCUGUCUGAGAAGAUCGUGGCGACGUACCGACUCUGUUCUGAGCAGCUCUCUUCACAGGACCACUACGACUACGGCAUGCGUGCGGUGAAGACGGUGCUGACCGCUGCUGGACGGCUCAAGCGGACGUAUCCGGACGAGGACGAGAUGGUGCUCAUGCUGCGCUCUAUUCAGGACGUCAACCUCCCCAAGUUUCUCUCGCAGGACGUGGAGCUCUUCAAAGGCAUCAUCUCCGACCUCUUCCCUGGCGUGCAGCUCCCCGUGCCGGACUACGUGGACAUGCAUCAGGCGCUGCUCAGCGUGACGGCGCAGGACAACCUGCAGCUCACGCCGUACUUUGAGACGAAGGUGUACCAGACCUACGAGAUGAUUUGCGUGCGCCACGGUAUGAUGCUAGUGGGGUUUUCCUACGGCGGCAAAACAAAAGGUCUGCAAUCCCUCGCAGCGGCGCUGGGUGUAAUGGAGCAGGCGAACAAGUCGGAGCACCGUGCCCGCAUGAUCACCAUCAACCCGAAGUCUGUCACGAUGGCGCAGCUUUACGGCAAGGUUGAAUUGUCAGGGGAAUGGACGGACGGCAUCUUGUCCAGCCGCUUCCGCCAGCUCGCGCAGGACACAUCCGAGGACCGUGUGUGGCUGGUGCUGGACGGCCCGGUGGACGCGGUGUGGAUUGAGAACAUGAACACCGUGCUGGACGACAACAAGAAGCUGUGCCUGCAGAACGGCGACAUCAUUCCGAUGUCAAAGCGCAUGAACCUCGUCUUUGAGGUGCAGGAUCUCGCCCACGCUUCACCGGCCACGGUGUCACGUUGCGGCAUGGUGUACGUCGAACCGCAGUCGCUGGGGUGGGCGUGUCUGAUGGACUCCUAUCUGCACACGCUACCGCCGUACAUGACGGAGGGCGAGGCUGGCGACCUCGCCGAGACGUUACGGUCGUUGGUGGACGCGGUAAUGGCAGGCGCUCUCGAGGUUGCACGGAAGCACACCUCCUCGAUUAUCCCACAAAGCGCCAGCACUCUGGUAGCGAGCUGCAUUAAAUUGCUGUCCAGCUUUGUCGACAGCUUCGACGAAGAGGAGGCGCUGGAGAAGAUUGGCGGAGAUGCAAAGCAGCACGCGCGCAACAUGGUGAUGCGAGUGGAGGGCUGGUUCAUCUUUUCGCUGGUGUGGUCCGUCGGUGGCUGCCUCGAUCAUAAGGACCGCGAGGUCUUUAGCGCCGCCCUGCAUGAGCUGCUGGCAGAGGAGUCGGCAGCGCGGCACAAGUUCACGCUGCCGCUGCCUGACAAGGCAACGUCGUUCUUCGAGGUUCGCCUAGAGGACGGUGCAGAAGUGCGCUUCGUGAGCUGGCAGGACCUCGUACCGGAGCUGCGUAUCCCCGAGGAGAGCGAGUACCAGGACAUCAUUGUGCCUACGAUGGAUACGGCAAAGUACUCCUUCCUGGUGCAUCUCAUGAUACGCAACAUGCAUCCUGCCAUGCUGGUUGGCGACACGGGCACCGGCAAGACGAUUAUGAUGAAGGCACUCCUUCAGAGUCUGCCAAAGGACGGCUACUCGCUGAACACGAUUCAGUUCUCUGCAAAAACCUCGGCAAACCACCUCCAGCGCCUCAUCGACGGCAACUGCGAGAAGCGGCGCAAAGGCUUCUACGGCCCGCCCUUAAACAAAAAGAUGGUCAUCUUCAUCGACGACACGAACCUGCCGCAGCUGGAAGAGUACGGCGCACAGCCGCCAGUGGAGCUGCUCCGGCAGUACCUCGACCACGGCGGGUGGUAUCAGCACAGUAAGGACGGCAUCGAGUUCCGCCACCUGGUGGAUGCGCUGCUGCUGUGUGCGAUGGGGCCGCCAGGUGGAGGCCGCAACGUCAUUACGCAGCGUUUCAGCCGGCACUUCAACGUCUUCAGCGUGCCGUCCUUCGACGAAGCCACGUUGACCACCAUCUUUGGUCGCUUGUCAGAUUGGAUUCUUUCGCGUGGCUUCCCGACAAGCUUGCGGUCGCUGAGUGGCCCGCUCGUUGCGGCUACCGUCGAGCUGUACACGACGCUGGUGGACAACUUGAAGCCGUCGCCGGAGAAGUCGCAUUACACCUUCAAUUUGCGUGAUGUGAGCAAAGUGUUUCAAGGGAUGGAUAUGGUCUACGCCCCUCGCAUCAAGGACGAGCUGUGCCUCGCGCAGCUCUGGAUGCAUGAGGUGUCGCGCGCCUUCGCCGACCGCUUCACCGACGACAUCGAUACAGCGUGGUUCCACGAGCAGGCGAGUAAGACGUGCGUGCGCCACUUCAGGAUGACUGUCCGCCCCACCAACGAGGACGGCAGCCCGCUUCUCUUCUCAACCCUCUCGAACGAGGAGGGGCAGUACGAGCGUAUCACCGACGUCGCCGCCGCGCGCACGACGCUGGAGCAGAAGCAGGACCUCUACAACGUCGGCUCGCGCACCGGCGAGCUCAACCUUGUCGUCUUCAACUACGUGCUGGAGCACGUGGCACGCAUCAGCCGAGUGUUGCUCCAGCCCGGCGGCCACUUGAUGCUCAUCGGCGUCGGCGGCAGCGGGCGACGCAGCUGUGCGCGACUUGCCGCCUACAUCCAGGAGUGCGACUACCGCACCACCACACCAGCCAAGGACUACGACCACAGCGACUUCCUUGACGACGUCCGUCAGCUCCUCCUGCAGACGGGGCAGAAAGGCUACUCGACCGCCUUCGUGCUGGCCGACUCGCAGAUCGUUUCGGAGACUUUCUUGGAGGACAUCUGCAGCCUCUUAAACACCGGUGAGAUUCCGGGGUUGUGGGACACGAAGCAGGACCGCGACGCCUACGAGACAGCCCUCACCUCCCUGCGCGACCUUGGCCGCGGCCUCGGCCGGCCGGACACGAUUGAAGCCCUGCAGGCGCUUUUUGUGGAGCGCUGCCGCAAGCACCUCCACCUCGUCUUGUGCUUCUCGCCGCUCGGUUCGGUGCUGCGGGAGCGGCUGCGUAAGUUCCCAUCGUUGGUGAACUGCUCCACCAUCGACUGGUUUAGAGAGUGGCCCGAGGACGGCCUGCGCUCCGUCGCCGCCCGCUUCCUCGCUGACGUCGACCUGACAGAGACGGAGCGGACGUCGAUUCGGGAGAUGUUUGUGCAGUACCAACAGGAGGUGCGCGAGCUCGGACGGGUGUACUUUGCCGAAGCCCGCCAGCAGACCUACGUGACGCCCACCUCGUACCUGGAUCUUCUCUCGACCUUUGGCCGCAUGCUGGCGGAGCGGCGAUCAGCACUGACGGCGCAGCGCGAUCGCUACGUCAACGGCUUGCGUCAGCUGCGUAAGACGGAGGACCAGGUUGAGGUGAUGCAGCAGGAACUCGCGCGCCUUCAGCCGGAGCUUGCAACGAAGCAGGCAGAGACAGACAAGCUCAUUCAACAGGUAGAGGCAGAGAGCAAAAUUGCCGAGGAUCAGAAGGCGGUGGUGGCAGUGGACGAGGCAGCGGCGAACACGCAGGCGGCGGCCGCGAAGAAAAUCAAGGAUGCCUCGCAGGAGAAGGUGGACGAGGCACAGCCACUGGUGGAGCGGGCGGAGCGCGCGGUGCAGGACCUCGACCCCAAGGCGCUGCAAGAGGUGAAGGCGCUCAAGACGCCGCCGCAAGGCGUGAAGUUCGUCACUGAGGUGCUGUGCACGCUGCUGGGCGGUAACUUCAAGCCGAAGCCGGUGCGCGACCCACAAACAGGCAAGAUGAGCACCCCGUACUGGGAGCACGCCAAACUGACGCUUCUGACAGGCGAAUUCAAGAACAUUCUACUCACCUCGUACCCCGACAUUGUGGAUAACGCGCCGGACUCGCAAAUUGAGGAGGUGAGGAAAAAGAUGCGAAAUGACAUGUUCAAGAUGGAGAACAUUCGCAAGACCUCGGUCGCGCUCAUCGGCGUCGCCACUUACAUUCAGGCUGUCGUGGAAUACUACAAGCAGAACAAGGUCAUCAAGCCCUUGCUCGCGCAGGCCGCGGCCGCACAGGCGGAGUACGAUGAAGCGAUGGUGGGUCUCAAAGCCAAGAAGGAGGAGCUGCGCAUCAUUACAGAAAAACUGCAGUCUCUGACGGACCACCUGGACAAGGUCAACAAAGACAAGCAGGUGCUGGAAGAUCGCGUGAAGGACACUGACACGAAGCUGACACGAGCCAAGAAACUCAUCGAGGGCCUCGGUGGCGAGAAGGCUCGCUUUGAACACGAGGCGGAGCGUUACGAGGAGGAGCUGAAGUACGUUGUGGGCAACGUCAUCGUGAGCGCUGGUGUGGUGGCGUACAUGGGACCGUUUCUGCACAAGUACCGUCUGCAGAUGACGCAGCGGUGGCGCGACACGUGUGCGGCGCAGGGGUUGCGUGUGUCGGCUGACUACGCCUUUGCCAAGUUCUGCGGCAGCCCCAUAGAAAUUCAGGAAUGGAAGCUGCAGCAGUUGCCUUCUGACCCCUUCUCCGUCGACAAUGCUGUCAUUCUCAGCAACUCAAGUCGCUGGCCGCUGCUCGUGGAUCCACAGCAGCAGGCAAACACGUGGAUCCGCAACCGCGAGCGCGACAACGAGCUCGUCGUCGUGCGUCUUUCAGAGAAGGACUACUUGCGCACCAUCCGUCAGGCAAUCAUCGAUGGCCGGCCCGUUCUGCUCGAAAACGUCGAGGAGACUCUUGACCCAAUGCUGGAGAACCUUUUGCUGAGGCAGCUGACCAAAGAAGGCGGCAUGUGGGUCAUGCACCUUGGCGAGCCAGUGGAGUGGAACGAAAAUUUCCGCUUCUACAUGACCACGAAGCUGCCACGGCCGCAUUAUCUGCCGGAAGUGAGUGCGAAGGUGACACUGAUCAACUUCCGCAUUACGGAGCAAGGUCUGCAGGACCAACUGUUGCAGCGUGUGAUGCUGACAGAGCGCCGCGAGGUGGAGGAAAAAAAGCAGGCAUUGACACUGGAGGCCGCCGCGAACCAGGCGGGUCUGAAGGCCACGGAAGACCGCAUUCUCGCCAUUCUCUCCACGCAAGGCAACAUCCUUGAGAGCGAGGAGGCUAUUGAGGAGCUCGACAGCUCCAAGGAACAGAGCGACCGCAUUGCGAAGCGGCAGGAGGAGAUUGAGGCGAUGGAGCGCAUUAGUGAUCGCACGCGCAACAUGUUCAUACCUGUUGCUCACCUCGGAGCCAUUCUGUUCUUCUGCGUCACGGAGCUCGCCAACAUCGAUCCUAUGUACCAAAACUCGCUGCAGUCCUACAUGUCCAUCUUCCAGGAGGCGUUGAUGAACAGCGCCAAGUCGAGCGAGGUGGAAGAGCGCACCGAGGCCAUCAACACCACCUUCAAGCGCAGUCUGUACCAGCGAAUUUGCCGGUCCCUCUUCGCGCGAGAUCAGCUGCUCUUCUCCUUCACCAUGUCGCUCAAGAUCUACGAUGUGGACCCGACGCUGUUGCGCUGGGUGCUGAUGGGCGACUUCGAGGAGGAAGACCACCACGCCGUGCCGAACCCUUUCACGUGA